UUAUUGAUUCCAUUUUGAAUUUGAAGUAUACAUUUGGGGUGUUAUCGACAGGAUACGGCAAAAGUAUGUACAACAUAUUGCCGCCUCUUAAUUAAGUCUUAUAAAAGAUUAAGAUAAAGUAAUGAGGGUUGAAACUAAAAGCAUGACGUCAGAAGCGUCGGACAUCACGCACUUGGCAGAGGACAGCGAUGCCGAAGAGCUCGACAGUUGGGAAGAAGGUCGAGAUUUUGACUUGGAACGCAAAAAGGACAAGCUGAUUCGACGCAUCAUUAAACUAGUUGGAUCUGACGAAGAAAAAAGACCACUAAAUGUGGCUGUCAUUGGCCCGAUGGGCGUGGGGAAGUCGUCGUUCAUCAACACCACAGCCGCUGCUUUGUCAGGGGAGCGGUGGAGGGAGUAUGCCUACACUGGAUCGCACGGCGGAGACGGCUCCCAAAUAACUGUCUUUACCAACAGCUAUCCUAAAUGCUGUAUGGCAGAGAAUACCAAAUUCAUCCAGGUUGCUCUGCCAACCUUCAUCGACAUCGCAGGUUUCAGCGAUGAAGACGAUGACAAAUGGGUGGAGCUUCUCAAAAUUGUCUUCUAUGGUCGCCUGCCCGAAGGAGAGUCUUUGGCUGAAGCAGAAAAGUAUUACAGGGAUAAUGGGAUGAAGGGGUUGAUGGAGAAGUAUAGCAGUAAUGAUGAGAAGCUCAAGGUCGACAGGAUCAUCUUUGUGUCGGCUGCUACAACUUCGGUUCCAGCCAGCCUAAUUAAAUCAGUCAUCCGCGCUGCACGGCCCUCGGCCAUCAACGAGAACCCUAUGAAACGAACCAUUCCAAUAUAUGGAGUCAUGACUAAAGCAGACAAGGUUGGAGGUCCAGACUUAUCACAGUUGGAUUAUGAAAAGAGGGAAAAGGCGUUUAUAGAGGCUCUUGGUCUGCAAGGUUCCCGACAUCGUUUCCUCUUGUGCCGGAACUACUGUGAUGAUGUCGACGUGGAUAAUAAAAGAACGGAGACCCUGCUGCCUGCCCUUGACAUACCUGUCCUGCAGUUCAUGAUCCAAGUGUGUGAUCCAGUGAUCCGAGUCAUCAACGAGGGUGAGGCGUACUCCAGCACUCGACCCACAGAGGCAGGACAGCACCCUCUAGAUGAGAGGACAGAUAUUCGCCCUGGCGCUGUUGUUGACUCCUCGUCUGAUGCCGCUAGACUUGCUCCAAGAUCUCCCCUGAUGUCCUUUCUCCGUGAGAUAGGUCUGUCGGACACCCACAUCAGUCUCCUGGUGAUUGCCGUGGAAGCCAUCCUUGUUGCCUUUCUUCUGAACCUUAUUCUUAGACCCUCACUGGACACUGGGAAGCUCAAAGUGGCGUGCAGCUAUGCCAGAGACAGACGAGAGUUGAACGUUUUCGAAGACAUCUGCAACAGCCUUGACACUACGUUUGGCGCUCAAUUCUUCACCAUGUUGGCGUCAUUUGCACUGAUACUACUAAGGAUUGGUGUCACUCAUUUCUUGAAGAGAUUCUAUCGAUAAGACGGUAGAACAGAUCAGACGUAUGGCGCUAAUCAGUAACUAAUAAACAUGCUCUGCAGACACAUUAAACACAUAUCAUCUGAUGAUCUUGGUACAAUGUGUGGCACUGUUACGGUUAUACCAAGUGCAACAAAUUCUAUAAUAUGUGUACACUUUAGACAUUAAUUAUGCAUAUAUCACUCUUAAUUGUUUGUCAUCCUUAGUGCCACAGACAGUAGUGACAGUGUUAAAUUAAAUCUGCUUCACAUAUUACUACCAAUCACAGCCACAGCUGUUUUUAAUCCGUAAAUAUUUGACGGUGCAACUCUUAACUGACACGGAACUAUCUUCUUUGGUGCCAUGCAACCGUAACAAAACCUGUUUAUUUUAUUAGGAUUAUGUUGAAGAUGAUUUGCAUUUCAUACAUGAAGAUCUUGGAUGUUUUAAAUGCACAUGUAUGUGUUUGCUUCAUAUCAACAUAAUGACACUCUUCAACUGAAAGUGAAACAUGUUUAAUAAUGAAUGUUGCUUAUAGGCUUCUUGAUAUCUUCUUGAUAUGUCUUUCUAAGACUAUAUUAUGUCAGAAUUACUAAAUGUUUGACACCCAAUGGCCGAUGAUUAAUAAAUCAAUGUGCAAUAGUGGUGUCGUUAAACAAAACAAAACUAGCUUUUUUUAAAUUAUU